UUUAAAUAUUGCCUCUUUCCAAGUUGUAAGGUCACUGUUAGGAUCUUUGUACUAUAAAUGCUUCUAAACUAUGCCCUUUUUCUCAGUCACUAAUCCAAGCAGUCACCGUGAUGUUGUGAGCUCCCGCGAUCUUGUUGGUUGCAACAUGUUGUUGUGUUCGAGAAAGCUGACUGUCUCAUGCCUGUAUCUCUCUUGCUUCCUGCUUGGCGACUGCCUGCAUGACAUUACAGUCUUCGAAAGAAAGAAGAUCACGUUAUUUUUGUGGGGCGUUGAACAAGAUCUCACUCUCCUCCUCUCAUCAGAUCGCAUGCAUGAUAAUAUUGGAUACCGAUAAUCAACCAAAAUGGCGGUCAAGAAGGCAAUCAAGGGUAUCCUGAAAAAGGAAGGUCACGUCGUGGGCAAGAAGCGUAGCUUGGUCUUUGCCAGUACCAUGCGGUAUAUCCAAGAAUUCGACGAAAACCUUCCCGUCCUGGCCAUUAAGCAGCCAGAUUACAGGGCAGAUCCAAGCGACAAGGAAGAUCCAGACACGAUCUAUUGGUGGGAAGAGGAAGAUGCAAUCAUUCCUUGGUACGAGAUGGAAGAUGAGAAUGAAAUGAUGGGUUAUACCUGGGAUGACGUUGUGGAAGAAAAGCAAUUAACCUAUCGAUCCAACACGGCGGAUGAUAUGCUCAAGGAAGCCAGGCAAGAGCGAGAAGAAUGGUCGGAAUCCACGGUAUCCAGCAGUGAUGAUGACAGCAGUAGUAGUGGCUCCAGUAGUAGCAGUAGUAGUAGCUAUGACGAGGAGACCGUGUCAGGUGAUGAGGCAGAAGAGGAAUAUCAGCUACCCGAAGGACCUGGAAUUCAGCUGGAAGCAGCUACCUUGGAAGCUGUCAAGGCAGAGCAGCAAGCUGCACGUAGUCCUGCUCCAGCUGCCAAGACACAGAUAAUCCAAGCUUCGCCAGUCGUCCCAGUGCCACCACCACCGUCACCAGCAGUCGCAUCGCCCAAGUCUCCCAGAGAAGGUAUGGUCAAGCCAAGUCCCAAGCGAUCUACCCCCAGGAGAACGUCGAGAUCGGGAUCGAUACUGCUAGCCACAGAAGACAUGAAACUAAUGGCCCCGCCCAAACUCAAGCCAGAUGGCACACCUGAGCAGCCGCAACAACCAGCAGAGCCUCCACAAAAACCACAGGAGCAGCCACCAGCUGUGGAAGAAAAACCAACGCCAGUACAACAACCUCCUGUCGCAGUGGAAGAAAAACCAAAGCCAGCAGUUGUAGUAGAAGAAAAGCCAAAACCGGCGCCAGUAAAAGAAAAAGAAACGCCAAAACCAGCUGUUCCGGAAAAGCCAAAACCUGCAGCCCAAGAAGAAAAGCCAGAACCAGCCCCCAAACAACCAGCUGUGAAAGAAACAAAGCCUGCCGCUCCUGCAUCACCAUCCAAGGAGAAAACCAAGAAGAACAAGGCAGAUACGCAAGGUAAGAGAUCUUCUGUUGAAAAGAGAUCUUCCGUCGAAAAGAGAUCUUCGGACGGCAAAAAGAAGACAAAGAAGAAGAGGCCUUCUGAUUCAAAGCAGCCUAAACCCCAGCCGCCCCUCCAUCGACCUGAGGAACCUGACGAUGGCGAAAUGGAUGGCAGCAAGUACGAAUGGGAAAAGCCCGACUGGACCAAGGAGAACAAGCUCAAACAAACAAAGAAGGGACGAUUGGUACGCAAGGGUGCCAACUUGGCCAAGCCUAUCACAAUGAUCAAUCGAGCCAAGAACGAUAUGAUGGACGCCAAGUUGCUGCGAUCUUUUGGAAAGCCCGAUUGGACCAAAAAGUCCGAAGUCUUGAAGCGAACCGACACGGGAGAGUCAAUCAAGAAAGGAGACAACUUGGCUCGCAAAAUCACACACAUCGCUUCGGAUCCCGACGCCCAGGCAAAGUUUGCGUGGGAAAAGCCUGAUUGGGCUACCAAGAAGGUAUUGGUCAAGGAAACGGAAGAUGGAGAAAAGCUCAAGAAUGGUGAAUCUCUUAGUAAGGGUAUCACCCACAUUGUAGAGGAUGAGGAAGUCAAGGAAAAGUUUGCUUGGGAAAAGCCAGAUUGGGCUACCAAGAAGGUAUUGGUCAAGGAAACGGAAGACGGAGAAAAGCUCAAGAAUGGUGAAUAUCUCAGUAAGGGCAUCACCCAUAUCACCGAAGAUGAAGAAGCCAAGGAGAAGUAUGCCUGGACAAAACCUGACUGGACCAAGAAAAAGAAUUUGAAAAAUUCGACGUCGGGGGAAAAGAUGAAAAAGGGAGAGUACUUGUCGACGGGGAUCACCGACAAUCAGAAAGCCAAAGACAAGUAUCAAUGGGAGAAACCCGACUGGGCCACGUCCGCCAAGAAGCCAGAGAAACCAGGAGCCGUCAGCAGAAGGCAUUCGUCGGCAACCCCCGAUGAAAUCAAAGCGACGAUUGCCAAGAAUGUCCGACGAGGUUCCACAGAUCGCACGGGCCAAAAAUCGUAAAUGAGGCUAUUUUUUAUUAGCAUCUCUCUCGCCCUAAUCCAUCGAGUUUCCCUCCACAAACUGUUCCGCCCGAAACAAAGCAACGACAUUGUUUCUUACUAAGAGUGGCCUAUCUCCAUCCAGCUUCGACGAUGACGGCUAAGGGAUGCAAUACAGUCCUGCACGUAGCCAUAGUUAGACAAUGAAUUAAAUAAUAUAAACAACAGAUCUCUGCAUGC